CUUUUCAUAAAGGGGCAUUUUACAUCAUAAGAUAAAAAUAUGUUUACAUGCAUCCUGUGUGUCAUUUAAUCAUUGGAUCAACCCUUCUUCAGAAUUCACAUUGAACUUUUCUAUUUAAUCAUGAAUCAUGAACUAUGUGGCGUCAUACAACCACAUUCAACUUCAAGAUACCAUUUUAUCAUUGCAUCUACCCGCCUUGGUAGAUGACAUGCAUUUCCUGUUUAAUCUUGCAAUGAUAAGUUAACUAAGAAUAAUAUUCCACAGGAAGCACCCUUUAAAGACAAAUUGCCCCAGCUACUUCAACCAUUCUCUGCGCCAUAGCAUACUUGCUUUACAAUAUUUACUGCUUUUACGGAGGAGACAGAAUGAAUAAAUCCUCUUGUCCUCGUGUCAACUUUGACUUUGCAGGCAGAUUUCUCCCUGCUGUUUACAUCUUAGUCUUCAUCAUCAGUCUGGUAGUUAAUGGAUGGGGAUUGAAGUCUUUGCUGCACAACUGGAAGAAGCUAAAGAUCAUCAAUGUUUUUGUUCUCAACCUUGGACUAGCAGAUAUUCUGUAUCUGCUCACGCUCCCAUUUUUGAUGGUGUACCACUUUAAGGAGAGUAAAUGGAUCUUUGGAGAUACAUUCUGCAAGAUAACAAGAUUCUGCUUCAAUCUGAAUUUAUAUGGCAGCAUCGGGUUCCUGACUUGUAUAAGUGUGUACAGGUACCUGGCUAUUGUCCAUCCAAUGAGAGUGAUGGGAAGAAUAACUGUCACUCACACUGUGGGGAUCUCAGUCAUGGUUUGGCUGUUGGUGAGCGUUCAAAGUCUUCCAGACAUGUUCUACAGCAAAACAUUUGGAAACAACACUGAGAAAUGUUACGAUACCACCAGUAACGCCUAUGUUGAGGAUUACCUGAAAUACAGCCUUGGAUGGACACUCACUGGGUUUUGUAUCCCAUUCCUCAUCACACUGGGCUGCUAUGGACAUGUGAUUGUCGUUCUCUGCUGCACAAAUACCACCGACAAGGUACUGAAACAGAGAAGUCUGAAGUUGUUGCUCAUCACGAUUCUUCUCUUCUCUGUUUGCUACAUCCCCUAUCAUGUACUGAAGAACCUCAGCCUCUGGUCAAGAGUUUUGUACAAACAGAAGAUAUGCCGUGAAUGGUCCAAUGGAGUCUACAUUGCUAAACAGAUAAGUCGUGGCCUUGUGUGUCUGAACAGUGCUCUCAACCCUCUGGUUUACCUCCAUGGAAGUGAAGAUAUUCCUGCUCGGCUCAGACGACUACUCCAGCGAGCUCGUCGGAUGUUCAGCCAUCAACCUCCAACAAACUCUAGUAGUGUGGCCAUGGCUCAGAUCACAUAUGAAGGUGUACCACAAGAAAAAUAGUAACAUGUUAAACAUUAUACUGUAUAUAUUAAUUGCCACAUCUAUAUUAAGUGUAUAUUCAUUCUAUUAGAGGGAAGGAAGAAUCACUUAUAAAAGGUAAUGAUAAGAAUUAUAAAUAUAACUUGUAUCAUCAUGUUAACUGUUUUAUAUAAAUGGGUUUAAUAAGUUUAUGCUUUGUUAAGUAAAUUAAGUACCGUUUGAAUUAUUUCACUUCCAGUUACUUAUUGAGGGGGCAUUAUAAUGCUGUGUGGUCAUGGAGUUAGAUGGGACUAAACUCAAUCAAAAG